ACACUAGCAUCCGCAGCAUCACCAUGGUUGAACGCAUUGUGGAGGAGAGUUGCGACGUAAAUUCCGAUCCAACACGCAAACCCGAUGUCGCACGGUAUAGCAGCGAGGAGGUGUCCGGCAACGAGUCCACCGAGGCACGCAUGCUGUCCGAAGCCGAGCGGCAGGCCGACUUUAACCGGCACAAGGAGGAGAUGAAGCGCAAGCGGCGCCGAAAGAAACGCGCCAGUUCAUCGAUGCAGUCGUCGUGUUUUCAAGAGCUGUACAAGCUGACCGGCGAGGUGCUCGGCGAAGGUGCGUACGCCUCGGUCCAGACAUGCAUCAACAUCUACACCGAGCUGGAGUACGCGGUGAAGAUUAUCGACAAAAUUCCGGGGCACGCGCGCGCCCGCGUCUUUCGCGAGGUGGAAACGUUCCACCAUUGUCAGGGCCAUCCGAACAUCUUGCAGCUGUUAGAAUUUUUCGAAGAUGAAGAUAAGUUCUAUCUAGUGUUCGAAAAGAUCAACGGUGGUCCGCUGUUGACGCGCAUCCAGGAGAAUGUGUGCUUUUCCGAGUACGAUGCGGCCCAGAUCAUCAAGGAGAUCGCGUCCGGGCUGGACUUUCUGCACAAGAAGGGUAUCGCCCACCGGGACCUGAAGCCGGAGAACAUUCUGUGCGUGUGCACGGACAAGCUGUGCCCGAUCAAGAUCUGCGAUUUCGAUCUCGGCUCCGGGAUUAAUUUCACCACCAACAUCUCAUCGCCGACGGCCACGCCGCAGCUUUUAACACCGGUCGGCAGUGCCGAGUUCAUGGCACCGGAAGUUGUCGAACUGUUCGUCGGUGAGUCGAACUACUACGACAAACGAUGCGAUCUGUGGUCGCUGGGCGUGAUCGCGUACAUACUGCUCUGCGGGUAUCCACCGUUUUCGGGCAACUGUGAGCAGGAUUGCGGUUGGAAUCGGGGCGAAAAUUGUCGCACCUGUCAGGAGCUGCUGUUCGAAUCGAUCCAAGAAGGGCGGUUUUGCUUCCCGGACAGCGAAUGGCAAGAUGUCAGCGAAGAGGCAAAGGAUCUGAUCCGGGGACUGUUGGUUAAGGAGGCGCCGAAGCGUUUAAGUGCGACGGCCGUACUGAACCAUCCGUGGAUUCGUAUCAGCGAUGAAACGGAGUGUUCGGCCGGUGGCAUUAAUACGAGGGCAAACAAGGAGAAGCAACGUCGCCGGGUCCUGAAGACGCCGGGUGUUAUUCGAAGGAACCAAUCGGCGCUCGAGCUGUCCCAUUUCGCUGAAUCGGCCAUGGCAGUGAAACGUGUCAUAAUGCAACACUUUUCCAUGCGCUACGACUACAUGACGAAGGAGCGUCCCAACAUCUAUCAACCGUCGUACAAUGGAAGUGUGGAGCGUGCUCCGGUAGUAGUGCCUGCCGAAACGAAACCGCCGGUAGUUGACAAAUCGACAACUUAUUGCAGCGAACAACCGCAAAAACCUAAUGAAAUCUGUGAUGAUGAAGAAGGGAAAUUGAAGGCAACACAUGAAACGCAGGGAAUGUGGGAAAAGACAACCCAAGAAAUAGCCGAGAUUGAGGAGGAGCUGAAACCGAAGGAGGAUAAGGAACGUAAUAGCUACCAAAACGUUUCCAUCGAAUUGAGCCAGAACGCCGUACCGGUCGCCGAAGCCGCCGCCGCCGGGACAACGAAUGGGGUUGACGCCACCGCCACCGUUGCGAACGUUGCUCCAACGAAUCGCACUGAUAGCGGCGUUGUUGUUGGUGCUGCAACAAUCGAAAUAGUUGUGAAUAAUAGUAGUAGUACGUCUUCCGGAACUGAUGUUGGAUUCACCACCAUUUCCACCACCACUAACAGUAGCACCACCAACGGACACGCUGAAGAAGGAGGCAGCACCAGCAACAACGAUGGGCAGGAGAUGCCGUGCGAGAAGCAUGCAGUUGACGAAGAAUUGCAAAAUUCCGAUCCACCGAAAGUGAAUAAUGAUGAUGAUGAUGGUUCGCUGCGCGUUAAGACAUCGGAUGCACGGCCGGUAAAGACCGUGGUAGUUGUAGCCCCAGCAACGUCCUCUGCGACGUCAUCGCCUAUACACACAAAGUCGGACGCCAACAACGGAGGAGGAAGAAAAACCACUGGAAGUUGGGAUAUUCCGAUCGAAUCGAAUUGGCGAUAUCGAGGAACAAUAACUCAGGAUCAACAGCAUCAGAGCAGUCCUUCCUCGUACGACAACAACAGCCGCAGUCAGCAUGCGCACAAUUACAAGCACGUGGCAUCGGCGUACGGGACAAGCUAUAAAGGUGGUCGGAAUGGUCACUACCAUUCGCAUCCGCAGCAACAGCAUCAUAAUCAUCAUCAUCAUUACCAGAGCAACAACAAUUCGCAUUAUAACAACAACUACCAUCACCAUCACAACAAUCACCAUUCGCAUCCGCCGGCCGCGUCGUCGUCCUAUAGACAACAAAAUGGUGGACAUCAUAAUUAUCACGCCUUGUCGCAUGGUGGUGGUAAUGGUGGUCAUUACCACAACAACCAUCACUACAGCAAUGGAAGUGUCACUGCACGGUAUGGGCGCAACCAGCGAGGCGAGUCGUUUGAAUCAAGACACCCUUACAACCAUCAUCAAACUAAUCAUGGUUCGUCUGCUUCAAUGAAUUCGUCCUGGCGUGUCCCCCAGCAGCAGCAACCGCCAUCUUCAUCCCCUUACGUUGCCCCGGAUGAGGUGUUGGAAGGCUAUCGUUACACCAACGGUAAUGGAAAGAUGAGCAGCAGCAACAGCAGCAAUCCGAUUAACUUUAAUAAUCACCAUCAGUACAAUCGUGGAGGAACCAAUAAUAAUAUUAGUAAUAAUACUAGCAACGUUAGUAGUAGCGGAGGAGGAAAUGGUAGUCAUCAUCCGGUGAGGAUGAAUGGUGGCAAUAGUAGCCAUCCUGGUCAGUACCACCAUCACCAUCAUCAGCACGGGCACCAUCACUACAACAACAAUAGCUCGAACCAUUUCUAUCCGAAUGGCACCGGCAACCAUUACAAUGGCUACGGUAAUAACCAUCACUAUGGUGGUGGCCAACAGCAGCAGCAUAAAUCGUUGCCAUAUAAUUCGGUGGUGGUACACCAUCAUCAUCCGCAGCAGCAGCAGCAGUACCAAAAUCAUCAACGCCAUUCUUCAGCAUCGCCAUCUUUCGGUGGAAAGUGGCGUCCCUCACAAAGUUCGGUUGAUGCAAUCGACGGUGGGAUCGCUCGUUCGAACGGCGUUAAUGAGCCACGGCGCGCUAGUAUUGGUCGGCAGCAGCAGCAGCAGCAGAUGCCGCCAUCAACACAACCAAUGCUGCGGGCGUCUCCACCGCAAAAACAACAGCAACAGCAACAGCAUCAGCAGCAAAGUAGGAGUAAUGUUAACUGUGAUUCAACUACAAAUACUAUGAAUAGAUAUAAGCUUUAUCAUUCUAACUCGACCACAAUCCUGAGCGCUCUCAAACGGGAAACGCGCAACAACGGAUACCAGUCGAUGAUGGUUGGUGGGUUUGAAGGGUUGAACCUGAACUCCACCGGUUCGCAGCAGUCAGCAAUGGACGACGAGGCGGAAGAGGCCGAGAUGGUGAUGCUGCUGGACCAACAACCACCACCGUUCCAUCUGAUACCUCAUCGUAAUGCAGCAGUAGUAGAGGAGCAGGAGCAGCAGAAGCAGCAACUCCAACGGGACGCGAUCGAUAGCAUCGACGAAGGCGUCUAUAGCAGCAGCACCAGCAGCAACACUAGCAGUCACAGUGGCAACAGCAUCAUCACCAACGGUAAUGUAACCACCACCACGAUGGCAACACUGACCGGUGGUCCUGGCAUCAUUGCCGAACUGGCAUUGAGCGAUGGACUGCCGGUUGGCCUAUCGCCACCGAACGAAAGCUUGCUAAUGCAGCGCCGCCUAUCGCUGAAGUCGCGCAGUCUCUGUCUGCCUGUUGCGAUCGGCAUUGGGUCUGGUGGGCUAGCUGGGAAAGAUUGUACCACCAACCGGCAGUUGCAGCAGCAGCAGCAUCAGGAGCAAGGAUCACCACUAUCUUCACCUGAGCAGCUGCUAGCGAGCAGUGAUGAGGAUGCUGGUCCAAUGUUUGCCACCAUCAGCAACCAUCAUAGUGCCGCAGGACCUUACUAUACGUACUAUCCGCGUAGGAAUGGUUCGACAGGAACUCCAACGCUUACUACCGUUACCACCCAGAGUGGUUAA